AUGACAUCAAUCAAACCAUUCCAGCUAGAGGAUCUAUUCACAAUCAAUCCAGUCAAUCUCGAUCCAUUGACCGAAAACUUCAAUAUCUCAUUUUACUCCCAAUAUUUGAUAUCAUGGCCAAAUUUAUUUUACAAGUCAGUAGAACAUCCCGCAAAUGUCACCAGUGGAUACAUGAUGGCUAAAACUGAAGGACAAUUAUCCAAGAUGGAAUAUCAUACACAUAUUACUGCAGUCACGGUCCACGACCAAUACCGACGCAUAUCACUAGCAUCAAAGUUGUGUUUACAAUUGGAAAAGAUUAGUGAAGUACAACUGACGCUAUUUAUUGAUUUGUUCGUCAAAGUGACUAACCUGCUAGGAAAGAUGCUUUAUGAAAAAUUGGGUUAUAGUGUUUAUCGACGAGUUGUUGGGUAUUAUGGUGGUGGAAGUGGUGAAAUUCCUGAUGAUCGGAAUGCAAUUAAUGAUGAUAUUGAUGCUUUUGAUAUGAGGAAAUCAUUACCAUUGGAUAAGAACAACCAAACGGUUAGGGUAUUAGGGGAGAGGGUUUAUGUUCUACCGAAUGAAGUUGUCUUCUAA